CGGUUCAGUUCAGUUCAGUACAGUAUCAGAGCGGCUUGGUUACAGAGCGAUUAUACAGAAAUUAAACCAGCAUGGUGUUAUUAACGAUGAUCGCCCGCUUGGCGGAUGGGUUACCGCUUGCUGCGUCCAUGCAAGAAGAUGAACAGAUGGGACGGGACAUGCAGCAGUAUCAGAGCCAGGCCAAGCAGCUGUUUCGAAAGCUGAACGAUCAAAGUCCGACACGCUGCACCCUGGAGGCCGGAUCCAUGACCUUCCAUUACCUGAUAGAGAAAGGGGUUUGUUACCUGGUCCUGUGUGAAGCCGUGUUCCCCAAAAAGCUCGCCUUCGCCUACCUAGAGGACCUCCAGGCAGAGUUCCACGAACAGCACGGGAAGAAAGUGCCCACCGUAUCCAGACCGUAUUCCUUCAUCGAGUUCGACACGUACAUUCAGAAAACGAAGAAGUCCUACAUCGACAGCCGAGCCCGCAGGAACCUGGGCAGCAUCAACACGGAGCUGCAGGACGUCCAGAGGAUCAUGGUGGCCAACAUCGAGGAGGUGCUGCAGAGAGGGGAGGCCCUGUCAGCUUUGGACUCGAAGGCCAGUAACCUGUCCAGCCUGUCCAAGAAGUACCGCAGCGACGCGAAAUACCUGAACACCCGCUCCACCUACGCCAAGCUGGCGGCCGGCGGCGUCUUCUUCAUCAUGUUCAUCGUCUACAUCCGCUUCUGGUGGCUGUGAGGAGGAGGAGGAGGAGAAGCAAGGAGACGUGAUGAAGGCUUGGAGAACACGCAGAACGUUCAGAUGGAGUGAAAACAAGCCGGUUCUCGUUCUUCUCUCUCAGAGACUGAUAAAUCCGGCACUUUCUCUCCCCGCGGCACGCCGACGGAGCGACGCGACUCUUUAUUCAUGUUGUAUGUUUUAUUAACCAGUGCGAGAGGCUGAAUGAGUGAGUGUGUGAGUGAAUGAAUGAAUAAAUGAGUGAAUUAGUGUGUGUGUGUGUGUGUGUGUGUGUGUGUGUGUGUGUGUGUGUGUGUGUGUGUGUGGAGAGAUGUUUUCCGGUAGUUUCGGACGUUCAGCACAAUCCGUCUAAGAGAAGUUCGGCGAAUGUUGUGGCUCCUGGUUCAGCCGCAUUCACUCACUCACUCACUCAUUCACUCACUCAGUCAUGCUUUAUAAGGACGGACUGCCAUUUCUCUUUGAAGUUUAAGUGUUGGGCAUGUAGCAUACGCCAGCGUGGGGAGACCAGACGGGUGAGACCUCCAUGUACUGUUCCCUUCGGUUGACAAUAAAGCGGUUCGCUGUCCGACA